GCUUGGUUUGUUUGAACCUGGGGGCGGUGUAAGAAGGAACCUGGUGUGCUGUGGGAACUGCUACAAAGGCAUAAUAUCCCUGACCUUGAAAAUGUUGCUCUGUGAGGGGAUCCACAUGCAGCUGAGAACUUCGCCAACUGACAUCACAAUGACUGAGGACUUAGACCACAGAUUCAGUAGUCUCACCUGGGAUCAGAUUAAAAUCCUGGAUCAAGUUUUAGCUGAGGCCAUACCUAUUCAUGGGAGAGGAAAUUUCCCAACCCUGGACGUAAAGCCGAAGGAUAUCAUUCAUGUGGUAAAGGAACAGCUCAUUGAAAAGCAAAUCAACGUUAGAGACAUCCGCCUGAACGGUUCGACAGCCAGUCACAUCCUAGUAAAGCAGAAUGGAACCAGUUACAAGGACCUGGACAUCAUUUUUGGGGUGGAACUGCCAAGUGAGCUGGAGUUCCAGGUUGUUAAGGAAGCAGUUCUUAAUUGCCUGUUGGACUUCUUGCCAAAAUGCGUUAAUAAGGAAAAAAUCACAGCGCAGACAAUGAAGGAUGCCUACGUGCAGAAGAUGGUCAAAGUCUCCACCGACCACGAUCGCUGGAGCCUCAUCUCGCUGUCAAACAACAGCGGCAAGAAUGUAGAAUUAAAGUUUGUCAACUCGCUGAGACGGCAGUUUGAGUUCAGCGUGGACUCCUUCCAAAUCAUCCUGGACUCCAUACUGAACGUUUACAGAGCAGCGGACUGCAAGCUGACAGAAGACUCUCACCCCACUGUCAUCGCCGAGAGUAUGUACGGAGACUUCAACGAAGCAAUGGACCACUUAAAAUACAAACUGAUUUCCACCAGGAACCCGGAGGAGAUCCGAGGAGGCGGCCUCCUGAAGUACAGCAAUCUCCUGGUGCGUGACUUUAAGCCAGCAGAUGAGGCUGAAAUUAAAUCUCUGGAACGUUACAUGUGCUCCAGGUUCUUCAUUGAUUUUCCAGAUGUUGCUGAGCAGCAAAGGAAAAUCGAGUCAUACCUGCGCAACCACUUCAUUGGGGAAGAGAAGAGCAAGUAUGACUACUUGAUGACUCUGCGUGGAGUUGUAAACGAGAGCACAGUCUGUCUCAUGGGACACGAGCGAAGACAAACUCUGAACAUGAUCACAAUUCUGGCUUUAAAAGUACUCGGAGAGCAAAAUAUCAUCCCAAAUGCAGCCAAUGUAACAUGCUACUAUCAGCCUGCUCCGUAUAUCAGUGACAGAAACUUCAGCAAUUACUACAUUGCUCACGGACAACCGCCCAUCAUCUACCAGCCAUACCCAUUUCACAUACAAAUGCAAAGUGGCAUGGUUUAGGAACACGAUCACCUCCUCAGCACUUACACUCCUCUCUCUUUGCAGUUCUCUCCGUAAUAAAGGCCUCAUUAAA